ACUCAGAGAAAUAGAAGUUGCAUUAUAUUCAUUGGAGCAAAAAUGGUUAAUGUGGAUGAACUUCGAAAUGCUCAACGUGCUGAUGGCACUGCCACAAUCAUGGCAAUUGCAACAGCAAAUCCUCCAAAUGUCUAUGAUCAAAGCACAUAUCCAGACGCUUACUUUCGUAUGACCAAUGCCGAGCACUUGACCCAUCUCAAAAACAAAAUGCAGCUCAUAUGUGAUAGAACCACGAUUAAAAAGCGAUACACUUACUCAACUGAAGAUGUUAUAAAAGAAAAUCCCAACAUUAAUUCAUACAAGGCACCUUCACUGGAUACUAGGCAAGAUAUGGCAGCAACAUUGAUACCAGAGUUAGGCAAGGAAGCUGCAACCAAGGCCAUUGAGGAAUGGGGCCAAUCCAAGUCAAAACUCACUCACUUAAUUUGUUGUAGCACUAUGGGACCAUUCAUUCCUGGGUAUGACUUCCAAAUUGUCCAGCUCUUGGGCCUUGAUCUAUCUAUUAAGCGAGUCAUGUUGUACCAACAAGGUUGUCAUGGAGGUGGCACCAUACUUCGCAUUGCUAAAGACCUAGCUGAGAACAAUAAAGGUGCUCGUGUCCUCAUUGUAUGCACUGAAAUAACUCUCGUUGGUUUCCAUUGCCCUACUGAAACCAAUGUCGAUGUUCUUGUGAGUCAUUCUUUAUUUGGGGAUGGCUCUGCAGCUCUCAUAGUUGGUGCAAAUCCGAUUCCUGGUGUUGAAAAGCCCAUCUUUGAACUCAUCUCUGCAAUCCCAACAAUAGUACCUGAUAGCGCUGGGGCUAUUUGUGCGAGUAUUCGUGAGCAUGGGCUUACGUUUCAUAUUGGGAAGGAAGUUCCUAGCCUUAUUUCAAACCACAUUGAGAAGCAAUUGUUUGAGGUAUUCCAACCUUUAGGUAUCACAGAUUGGAACUCAAUCUUUUGGGCUGUACAUCCUGGUGGGCCUGCGAUUUUGAACCAAGUGGAUGCCAAGUUGGGUCUUAAACCUGAAAAGUUAGGUGCAACUAGACACGUGCUUGCUGAGUAUGGUAAUAUGUCAAGCGUAACUGUGUUGUUUGUUUUGGAUGAGAUACGGAAGAAGUCAACUGAAGAUGGGUUGAAGACCACAGGAGAAGGGUUGGAAUGGGGAGUGCUUUUCGGGUUUGGUCCUGGGCUUACUAUUGAGACAUUGGUCCUCCGCAGCGUUAACAUUGCUUAGGGGAUCCUUUUAUUAAUUUACUUUGCUUUCUUUUCGGUUUUUCUUAUUUCUGUAUGGUUAUUCACAAUAAAAGCAUGCAAAAUAUGUCUAAAAGAAUUAUGAUUUUAAAAAUUGUAAAUCAUAUUCUUUAUCAUAAAUAAAAUU